AUGGUGAAAAAACGUAAAAAGAAGGAUUCGGGUGAGUCCUUAAAUUUCAGCACAAGCAGCGAUUCCGAUUGCGAGGAUUCGCCAGUAUUGCAGGAUGCAAAUGCCUUCGCUCCCUUUAGGGUCGCUGAUUAUUGUCGGCGAUACUCUGAAGAUGCGGAAGCCAAGUCUGAAUUCAUAGUAUUUGUCGAAAGUACUAAUGAUGUCCCACUCGGUAAUAGGGACAUGAUGUACUAG